UAAUUAUCUAAUAUAUGACAUUUAUCUCUCUAGGCACACACAUACCUAGCUACGAGUGCAGGACUUAUUGAUGACAUCUACAUUCUGGUUGACCUAUCUCCUUCUAUCUUUACCUACUCAAAAUUAAAUCUUUAUAUUCCCAUCCAUACCUUCAAAACAUAUCUCCUAGUCGUUCUCCAGUGCUAUUUCUUCGGUUCGCGAAGAUUUCCAUAAAGCGAAACUCCGAGCUGAUUUCUAAUUGUGUUACACGGAUUGAUAAUUCUUUGUGUCAUCCAUUCCACUGCGCAUCCUGCUUAGUUGUAGUGCGGGGAAGUGAGAGUUCAGUCCAGUCAGUCCAGACACCUAUCAGCCUACUCAUUCUAAUGGAAAGUUUCUCGUAGGAGUCGCUUUCCAUACAGUUGCAUUAAUCGGUCUUAGAUGCUCGCCAGGCCUAGAGCCCUUCUCUCUCAGAUCACAGAGUGCAGGGGAAAGUUACAAAUUUUCGCCAAUUUGAUAUUUAAACCACGAUUCGAUCGCAGAAUAUUUGCAUUGGAACCCAACACCGUCGGAUAUCGAUCAACGCAUACGAGGCAACUUUCUAACAUGGCUACAGCAAACAACAUCCAUUUGACUACUGAGGACACCGGAUUAUAUAAGCUCAAGUCCCAGGACUCGGAAACGGCCACCAAAACCUCACAGCUAUUGCAAGAGAAUCAUUAUGUAGGAUCACGCUUUCUCUUGUGACUUUCGUCUUGUAGAUUUGGGUUAACACGUCUUUCGUAUAGAAACAUCAUAUUUUCUUCAAUGCUGAAGGAUUUCACAACCACAUCGUCCAUCACUUGUUGACUCUAUAUGGCCUUGGUGCCCCAGCAUCCGUCAUUGAGCGACACUAUAAGAAUAAUGCAUCAUACCAGCGCCCCUUUGUUCUCUCCGGAAACAAGGUUAGUGCAUAUUUUGAUAAGUUUGUUGAUUUUGAAGAGCCUCGAUACUGUCAAACACUGGUUUUGUUAUCUUAACGCCAAAUCUUCAAUUGCAUAGGGCCUGACAAAUUUAGGCUCCCCUUGAUAUGUCAACGCCAGAUAAUUUCAACAACCAUCUGGGUAAAGAAGAUUACUACCGUGACUUUCUGGUGUUCUGGCAGCAAGAAAUUGAAUCGAAAGGAUGGAAGGAUGUCUUGAAAGAACACGUGUUUGCCGGUGACGCGAAAGCAAACGACAUGCUCGGCAGGAUGUUCGCCGGUAGGUGACAUUGUGAUUGCUUACCAAAAAGAAUGUUGCUUAUGGUCACCAGGAUUUCUUCAUCCUAUUAUCCAUCUGGGUUUCGGUAUUGAGUUUAACCAGCCAGCCAUCAUUGCGGAGGCACUAGCGCAAGCUUCUGUCCACGACGACUGGAUUACUAAGUAUCUUUUAGACGUCGAGAAGAAUGCUCAGCCUGGAAAUAAGACAAUUCCACAACUGCUGGAGGAGAUUAGAGCUGAUGAAAAGCUGUCUACUGCUGCCGAGUGGAGAGAUGGUAAUAAAAUUCGAGAUGGCAUCCUGGCUAGAGCUCCAGAUGAAAUGGUAAAAUACGCAUCUCAGUGGACCGUAGGAAAAGGUGAGCUUGAAGCCAAGACAGCGCAAAUGAUGAAUUCUGCUGUUUAUUUCACUGCCGCUGCCCAACGCCCGCCAAAACAAGUGAGUUAUACUAUACUUCGAAGAUAUGCAUUGAUUGACAUUCAUCCUUUCAGGUGAAAUUUGACUUUUACAAUAUGCAUUGUGUCACCAGCUCGAUUUUCUUCACCUCCUUCAACAAACAGGAAUUCCUGUCUGAAGCUCAGAAGACCCGGCUCUUGGAGUGGAAAGGGCGUAUUGAUCUCGCCAUGUACGCAUCCCGUCGUUCGCCCCAACUCCUUAUCGAAGAGAUCUCGGGAUAUGUCCCGAAGCAUUUUGAAGCUGGUGAUGCGGCAUGGGGCGGGCUAUUCCAGAGACUCUUCGAAUUUGAAGAUGAUGGGCACGCGGUGAAAUUUGGAAGAGCGGUCGCUCAUGCUCAGGUUGUUAAUCAAGGCUACGAAGGCGAAGAUUGGGCAAAGAUCAAGGACUUUAUGUGGUUAAAGAUAGGCAAUAUGAUCGCUGACAGUGUUGAAGAUACCGGAGCAACUGUACGCACCUCAAGGAACCACACACCCCAUAUAUUGAUGCACAAUUUACUGACUUAUCCAGUGGGCCAGAAGUGUUGGGUUUGACGAAGCCUGGAGUGAUUUUGAGGACAGACCUAGACAGGCACAUUUGUGAGUGAAUAAGAGUUGGUCAGCUAGGAUAUAAUUCUCUUCUCCUCUCUUGUGCUGUUAUCAUUGCUUGAGUGUUGCAGAUGUGCAUGGAGAAAUUUGUUUUGAAGAAUCUGAACUCUGCUUAACAAUAGUAACACAAAUAUGCAACCUUUCAUCUUGAUCUUGACAUUGUAGUCUUCUAUUCUCUAU